AUGAAUAAACAGCUACGGUUCAAGGCAUUGUUCUCAAAAAAGGCCAAGCAACAGCUGCAAGAUGAAACGAUCGAAAACGAAAUCAAAAGGACGGAAUCCACCUCGUCCUACAUGCAAAAGCGACGAAAGAUCUACGUCAACAUGCCGCCGCCAUCCUCUGAAUACGACGACAAUGGCAACUUGAUUGAUCAUUCCUAUGUGCCUAACCGAAUCCGAACAGCCAAAUACACACCACUGUCAUUUAUACCAAAAAAUCUGUUUGAACAGUUUCGAAAUAUCGCCAAUCUGUAUUUUUUAUUCCUUGUCAUUUUGCAAUGUAUUCCCUUAUUUGGUGUGACAGAACCUGGUGUAUCCGCGAUUCCACUCAUCGUCAUUUUAAUCAUCACAGCCAUCAAGGACGGCAUCGAGGAUGCAAAGCGAAAUCAGUCUGAUCAGAAGGUCAACAGAGCAAAGACGCUGACAUUGAGCCAUUGGAAAAACGUCAACAUACCCGAGGAGAAGAAGAGCAGAUUCCAUGCCCUGCAUGUCGUUUUAGGAUUUUUUUGCAUGCUGGCGGGAGUGGACAACAAAUACACUCAUGCCUAUCGACUCUCCACCGCAAAAGAUGUACCUGUAUCCAAGGUGGAGCUCAACUUUGAUGAUGAUAAAUCGCCCUUGAAUGAAGUGGACGAAAACGCCUCGUCCGAGAGCGCCUCAUUGAACGAUGAUCAGCAGCAGCAGCAGCAGCAGCAAGAAGCUUCUCCAGAUUUCCUAGCUCUUCCUCAGCAGAAAAAUUUUUUGGGCAAAGUAAGACAACGAUCCGACACCAUUGGAUCCGCCUUCAACAACAUGUUUGCGUCUGCAGCACGCAAAAAGUUCUAUCGACCAGGCACUAUCCCGCACUCAGUGCUACACAGAGCACCUACACCCAGCAUCCGACGCAAAUCCUCUUCUGUCCACCCAGGCGCUUUGAAAUGCUCCGACCUUCCAGCAGGGGAUCCACCGGUCGACAACUGUAAAGUGUGGUGGCAAGAGGUGCAGUGGCAGGAUCUGCAAGUGGGAGAUUAUGUCAUGAUCAGAAACGAUGAAAACGUACCAGCUGAUAUCGUUAUUUUAUCGACAUCUGAAAAGGACAACUUGUGUUAUGUGGAAACUCAAAAUUUGGACGGUGAAACCAACUUGAAGGUGAGGGAGGGCCUCAAAGCAACCAGCGAGCUGAGGUCAGUGCAUGAUUGUGAGAGAGCCUUUUUCUAUUUCGAAAGUGAGCCGCCUCACGCCAAUCUGUACUCUUAUAACGGUGUCAUGCGUUGGAACAUUGAACAGCCUGUGGAGGAUCAAGAGGAAGAGUCCGUGUCGCAUCAAAAGACAGAAGCAGUGACAUACAACAAUCUGCUUUUGCGUGGCUGUGUGCUGAGAAAUACGAGAUGGGCUAUCGGCAUCAUUGUGUUUACGGGCGAUGAUACCAAAAUCAUGCUGAAUUCUGGUAAAACACCAUCCAAGCGUAGCAAAAUGGCCAAGGCAACCAAUCCCUUUGUUAUCGCCAAUUUCGUUGUUUUGGCCAUCUUGUGUAUCGUAUCAUCUGCUCUGGCGAGUGCGUUUUUCAGUGCUCCUGGAUCUGCUCGCUUUUUCGACUUUGGAAUUGAGGGCUCAAGUGGAUCGUAUCUUGGUUUCAUCACGUUUUGGGUCACAUUGAUCUUGUACCAGAAUAUUGUGCCCAUUUCUUUGUACAUUUCCGUGGAAAUCGUCAAGACGCUGGCAGCUUAUUUUAUUUAUGCAGACAUCGACAUGUACUACGCACCAACAGACACACCCUGUAUCCCCAAGACAUGGAACAUUUCUGACGAUCUCGGCCAAAUCGAAUACAUUUUCUCGGACAAGACGGGCACACUGACGCAAAAUGUCAUGGAAGCAAGAAAGGGCACAGUCAAUGGCGUCUCUUACGGCGUUGGCAAGACAGAAACAUCAAUAGGCGCUGAGAUUCGUCGUGGCUCCAUUUACUCUGAAAAGGAUCUGGAUGCUGCCAACCUCUCUGACAUGGACGAAGCACGCAGACAAAUGUACCAGAAACAAGACGAUCUCUUUGAAAACAAGUAUCUGGGGCCCAAGCCGACAUUCAUUGAUCCCAACUUUUUUGUGGAUCUAGGACAGCAAAAUGCGCACUCUACAGCCAUGAUUCACUUUUUCACCACAUUAGCACUAUGUCAUACAGCCAUUGCAGAGCGACCUGACAAACAAAAUAGACACAUCAUCGAGUACAAAGCGCAAUCACCGGACGAAGCUGCACUGGUCGCUUCAGCUCGAGACCUGGGCUUUGUCUUUUUAGGCCGGGAAUCCAACACGUUGACUGCAGAAAUCAUGGGCGAGAAGAAAAAGUACGAAUUGCUCAACGUGCUCGAAUUUAACUCUACCAGAAAGCGCAUGAGUGUGAUUAUCAGGCCCCAUGAUAGUGAUAGAAUUGUGCUGCUGUGUAAGGGUGCUGAUUCUGUCAUUUAUGAGCGUCUUUGCAGCGAUUUCGGCGACCAGCAUGAGUUGGAAAAGCAGCAGAUGGAUUUGCAGGCCACCACCUCAGAGCAUUUGGAGGAUUUCGCUAAUGAAGGUCUGCGUACACUGUGUUUGGCUUAUAGAUUCAUUUCACCCAAAGAAUACAAAACGUGGAACCGACGAUUUCAAGAAGCCAGUGCUGCCAUUUACAACCGUGACGAAAAGAUUGAGGAGGUGUCUGAGGAGAUUGAGAGUAACAUGCUGCUGAUGGGUGGCACUGCAAUUGAGGAUCGUCUGCAAGACGGCGUUCCUGAAACGAUUGCCAAGCUGGCUCAAUCCGGUAUCAAAUUGUGGGUGCUUACUGGAGACAAGACUGAAACAGCCAUUAACAUUGGCUUCUCGUGUAAUCUGAUCACAUUGGAUAUGGAAUUGGUGAUUGUCAAGGCAGAUGAUCGUGAUGAAACGCUGGUUGAGCUAGAGAAAGCCAUUAAGCAUACGGACUCCUUAGUAGGCGAAAAGAGAUGCGCUCUGGUUAUUGAUGGUACGACACUCAAAUAUGCAUUGGAGCCCAAAACAAAGGACCUAGUAUUGGAUCUCGGUAUGCGCUGUGCAAGUGUGAUUUGUUGUCGCGUCAGUCCCAAACAAAAGGCGCAGGUUGUCCAUCUCGUUAAAAAGGGUCUCAAGGUCAUGACACUGGCUAUUGGCGAUGGUGCCAAUGAUGUCUCCAUGAUCCAAGAAGCCAAUGUGGGCAUCGGUAUUUCUGGCGUGGAAGGCAGACAGGCUGUCAUGGCCUCUGACUAUGCGAUUGCUCAGUUUCGUUUCCUGGAAAAGCUGCUACUGGUGCAUGGCCGCUGGUCCUACUUGCGUACAGCAGAAAUGAUUAUGGGCUUCUUUUUCAAGAAUAUUGUAUGGACAUUUGUCUUGUUUUGGUAUCAGAUCUUUUGCCAAUUCAAUGGAUCCAUGAUGUUUGAGUACGCUCUCGUGGCUCUCUACAAUCUUAUCUUUACCUCGUUGCCUAUCAUCUUCUUGGGCAUCUGGGAUCAAGAUGUCAAUGCCAAGGUCUCUGAUCUGUAUCCUGAAAUGUACCGUAUGGGUCUUCGCAACGACAAGUUUAAACCAUGGCGAUUCUACUUGACAGUUGUCGAUGCCAUAUUCCAGUCGUCUGUGUGCUUCUUUUUCCCCUACAUGCUUUUGCUCGGUGGCCCGCCCGACCCUCAAGGCAGAGAUCAGAACGGCAUGUAUGAGCUGGGCACCAUUGUGUCUAGUAUCGCUGUGAUUGUAGCCAACUUCUUUGUCAUGACUUCCCUAUACAGCUUCACGUGGAUCCAACUGUUCAUCAUUUGGAUAUCGAUCCUGGUGUACUAUGCUUUUGUUUGCAUUUAUGCCCAAUUCAACACCUUUAUCUUUGCUGGCCAGGAUGUCUUGUUUGGUACGGGCUGCUACUGGAUGGUGCUCAUUCUGACCAUUGUUGCUUGUUUCCUGCCUCGUAUGUCUGCUAUGCAUUUUUUGCAUCAAUACUUUCCUUACGAUAACGAUAUUGUGCGCGAGCAAGAGCUUGUCUUGCACAAUGGCCGUUCUAGCUAUGCCCAACCUGAACAAGGUCCUGGAAGCAGCCUAGAAACCAAGUGCCAAGCAGAAGACGACAAAUCGAAGCGAUACAUCGCGCAAGACAACAGCAGCAGCUCAGCGAAUUACCCCCCUCUUGAAGAGUUGCCUAAUUCUGUAGCAUAA